AUGGGGUUUCUGUUACCAGUGGUCCUGCGGAGACAUUCUUGGUAUGCACUGGUCAUCGACCUUCCUCAGUUACCUGAACUACGAGUGGCACAUGGCUGCCAUGUGUGGCCUGCUCUCCCUGAGGAGCUGGGUGUAGUGGAGGAGCAUUAUAGCACAGGACAGGGAACUAUUUCCGGUGGCUGUUCCUUUGAUGAACACUACAGCAACUGUGGUUAUAGCGUGGCCCUGGGGACCAAUGGGUUUACCUGGGAGCAGAUUAACACAUGGGAGAAACCAAUGCUGGACCCCGCGGUGCCCACAGGAUCCUUCAUGAUGGUGAACAGCUCUGGGAGGGCCUCUGGCCAGAAGGCCCACCUUCUCCUGCCGACCCUGAAGGAGAAUGACACCCACUGUAUCGAUUUCCAUUACUACUUCUCCAGCCGUGAUAGGUCCAGCCCAGGAGCCUUGAAUGUCUAUGUGAAGGUGAACGGCGGCCCCCAGGGGAACCCUGUCUGGAACGUGUCUGGGGUUGUCACCGAGGGCUGGGUGAAGGCAGAGCUUGCCAUCAGCACCUUCUGGCCACAUUUCUACCAGGUGAUAUUUGAAUCCGUCUCUUUGAAGGGUCAUCCUGGCUACAUCGCUGUGGACGAGGUCCGGGUCCUUGCUCAUCCAUGCAGAAAAGCACCUCACUUUCUGCGGCUCCAGAAUGUCGAGGUGAAUGUGGGGCAGAAUGCCACGUUUCAGUGCAUCGCUGGUGGGAAGUGGUCUCAGCAUGACAAACUUUGGCUCCAGCAAUGGAAUGGCAGGGACACAGCCCUCAUGGUCACCCGGGUGGUCAACCACAGACGCUUCUCAGCCACGGUCAGUGUGGCGGACACUGCCCAGCGGAGCGUGAGCAAGUACCGCUGUGUGAUCCGUUCUGACGGCGGCUCUGGUGUGUCCAACUACGCUGAGCUGAUUGUGAAAGAGCCUCCCACACCCAUCGCCCCCCCAGAGCUGCUGGCUGUAGGGGCCACAUACCUGUGGAUCAAACCGAAUGCCAACUCUAUCAUCGGGGAUGGCCCCAUCAUCCUGAAGGAGGUGGAGUACCGCACCACCACGGGCACCUGGGCCGAGACCCACAUAGUUGACUCUCCCAACUAUAAGCUAUGGCAUCUGGACCCUGAUGUGGAGUAUGAGAUCCGGGUGCUGCUCACACGACCGGGGGAGGGAGGCACGGGACCACCAGGGCCUCCGCUCACCACCAGAACCAAGUGUGCAGACCCUGUGCACGGCCCGCAGAACGUGGAGAUUGUGGACAUCCGCGCCCGGCAGCUGACCCUGCAGUGGGAACCCUUUGGCUACGCGGUGACCCGCUGUCACAGCUACAACCUCACGGUGCAGUACCAGUAUGUGUUCAACCAGCAGCAGUACGAGGCUGAAGAGGUCAUCCAGACCUCGUCCCACUAUACCCUGCGAGGCCUGCGCCCCUUCAUGACCAUCCGCCUGCGGCUCCUGCUGUCCAACCCCGAGGGCCGGGUGGAGAGUGAGGAGCUGGUGGUGCAAACAGAGGAGGACGUUCCAGGAGCUGUUCCCCUAGAAUCUAUCCAAGGAGGGCCCUUUGAGGAGAAGAUCUACAUCCAGUGGAAACCUCCCAAUGAGACCAACGGGGUCAUCACACUGUAUGAGAUCAACUACAAGGCUGUUGGCUCGCUGGACCCGAGUGCCGACCUCUCCAGCCAGCGGGGGAAAGUGUUCAAGCUCCGGAAUGAAACCCACCACCUCUUUGUGGGUCUGUACCCGGGGACCACCUACUCCUUCACCAUCAAGGCCAGCACAGCAAAAGGCUUUGGGCCCCCUGUCACCACUAGGAUUGCCACCAAAAUUUCAGCUCCAUCGAUGCCGGAAUAUGACACAGACACCCCACUGAAUGAAACGGACACGACCAUCACGGUGAUGCUGAAGCCUGCUCAGUCACGGGGAGCCCCUGUCAGUGUUUAUCAGCUGGUUGUCAAGGAGGAGCGACUUCAAAAAUCACGGAGGGCAGCUGAUAUCAUUGAGUGCUUUUCGGUGCCUGUGAGCUAUAGGAAUGCCUCCAGCCUUGAUUCUCUACACUACUUUGCUGCUGAAUUGAAGCCUGCCAACCUCCCUGUUACCCAGCCAUUUACAGUGGGUGACAACAAGACAUACAAUGGAUACUGGAACCCUCCUCUUUCCCCUCUGAAAAGCUACAGCAUCUAUUUCCAGGCACUCAGCAAAGCCAAUGGAGAGACCAAAAUCAACUGUGUUCGCCUGGCUACAAAAGCACCAAUGGGCAGCGCCCAGGUGACCCCGGGGACUCCACUCUGCCUCCUCACCACAGGUGCCUCCACUCAGAAUUCUAACACCGUGGAGCCAGAGAAGCAGGUAGACAACACCGUGAAGAUGGCUGGUGUGAUCGCUGGCCUCCUCAUGUUCAUCAUCAUUCUCCUGGGCGUCAUGCUCACCAUCAAAAGGAGAAGAAAUGCUUAUUCCUACUCCUAUUACUUGUCCCAAAGGAAGCUGGCCAAGAAGCAGAAGGAGACACAGAGUGGAGCCCAGAGGGAGAUGGGGCCUGUGGCCUCAGCCGACAAACCCACCACCAAGCUCAGCGCCAGUCACAACGAUGAAGGCUUCUCCUCUAGCUCUCAGGAUGUUAAUGGAUUCACAGAUGGCAGCCGUGGGGAGCUGUCCCAGCCCACCCUCACGAUCCAGACUCACCCCUACCGGGCCUGCGACCCUGUGGAGAUGAGCUAUCCCCGGGACCAGUUCCAGCCUGCCAUCCGGGUGGCGGACCUGCUGCAGCACAUCACCCAGAUGAAGAGAGGCCAGGGCUAUGGGUUCAAGGAGGAAUAUGAGGCCUUGCCAGAGGGGCAGACAGCUUCAUGGGACACAGCCAAAGAGGAUGAAAACCGCAAUAAGAAUCGAUAUGGAAACAUCAUAUCCUAUGACCAUUCCCGAGUGAGGCUGCUGGUGCUGGAUGGAGACCCGCAUUCUGACUACAUCAACGCCAACUACAUUGAUGGAUACCAUCGACCUCGGCACUACAUUGCAACUCAGGGUCCAAUGCAGGAGACCGUCAAGGACUUUUGGAGAAUGAUCUGGCAGGAGAACUCGGCCAGCAUCGUCAUGGUCACAAACCUCGUGGAAGUGGGCCGGCGCCCAGCGGAACACACUGUGGGAAAUGCCACUGUAGGCCGCGCGGCGUCCCCCGGAAUGGUCAAGUGUGUGCGAUACUGGCCGGACGACACGGAGGUCUACGGAGACAUUAAAGUCACCCUGAUUGAAACAGAACCCCUGGCAGAAUACGUCAUACGUACCUUCACAGUCCAGAAGAAAGGCUACCAUGAGAUCCGGGAACUCCGCCUCUUCCACUUCACCAGCUGGCCUGACCACGGCGUCCCCUGCUAUGCCACCGGCCUCCUGGGCUUUGUGCGCCAAGUGAAGUUCCUCAACCCCCCCGAGGCGGGGCCCAUAGUGGUCCACUGUAGCGCUGGGGCUGGGAGGACCGGCUGCUUCAUCGCUAUCGACACCAUGCUCGACAUGGCCGAGAACGAAGGGGUAGUGGACAUCUUCAACUGUGUGCGUGAGCUCCGGGCCCAGAGGGUCAACCUGGUGCAGACAGAGGAGCAGUACGUGUUUGUGCACGAUGCCAUCCUGGAAGCAUGCCUCUGCGGCAAUACCGCCAUCCCCGUGUGUGAGUUCCGCUCUCUCUAUUACAACAUCAGCAGGCUGGACCCCCAGACCAACUCCAGCCAAAUCAAAGACGAAUUUCAGACCCUCAACAUCGUGACUCCCCGCGUCCGGCCCGAGGACUGCAGCAUCGGGCUCCUGCCCCGGAACCACGAUAAGAACCGGAGCAUGGAUGUCCUGCCUCUGGACCGCUGCCUGCCCUUCCUUAUCUCGGUGGAUGGGGAACCCAGCAACUACGUCAAUGCCGCACUGAUGGACAGCCACAAGCAGCCCGCCGCCUUCGUGGUCACCCAACACCCUCUACCCAACACCGUGGCAGACUUCUGGAGGCUGGUGUUCGAUUAUAACUGCUCCUCCGUGGUGAUGCUGAAUGAGAUGGACACUGCCCAGCUCUGUAUGCAGUACUGGCCUGAGAAGACCUCUGGAUGCUAUGGGCCCAUCCAGGUAGAGUUCGUGUCUGCAGACAUCGAUGAGGACAUCAUCCACAGAAUAUUCCGCAUCUGUAACAUGGCUCGGCCUCAGGAUGGGUACCGCAUAGUCCAGCACCUCCAGUACAUUGGCUGGCCUGCCUACCGCGACACACCCCCCUCCAAGCGCUCUCUGCUCAAAGUGGUCCGCCGGCUGGAGAAGUGGCAGGAGCAGUAUGACGGGAGGGAGGGCCGUACCGUGGUCCACUGCCUAAAUGGGGGCGGCCGCAGCGGAACCUUCUGUGCCAUCUGCAGCGUGUGUGAGAUGAUCCAGCAGCAAAACAUCAUUGAUGUGUUCCACAUUGUGAAAACACUACGUAACAACAAGUCCAACAUGGUGGAGACCCUGGAACAGUAUAAAUUUGUAUACGAGGUGGCACUGGAAUAUUUAAGCUCCUUUUAGCCCAAUGGGAUGGGGAAUCUGCCGGAGCCCAGAGGCUGCUGCAGCCAAGCCCCC